AUGGCCACAGUAAUCGAAGCCAUCAGAAUUUCAAAUAACCUAAUGGAUAUGGACCAACUAAAUAAAAGACCCACCUUCUCAAGAACGAUACACAACACAAACAAUAACCUCACAAGAAUCUUGGAAAGGAGACUAGACAGAAUAUACCUUAACAAUAGCAUAAUCAACUACAGCCAAUUAUACUUAAGGAACCUAAUCCCCCCAAAAAUUAAUGACAUACCUCUAUCAGAUCACAACUUCCUAUCAACCACCUUCACUCUACCCAACAUACAGAUGAACAAGCGCAGAUGGAGAUUAAAAAAAUCCUCAAUCCUCUCAAGCAUAAUGCUUAAGAAAAUAGACUUCCUACUUAACGAUUAUUCAAGGGAGCUGUCAUCCAACCAUAACUCUAUUUCCUUCUCUCAACUCAACAGCUUACUAAACAAAAUAAAACAACUAUACACAGAAUUUCAAAAACAAAAUGACUACAACAAUAAGGCAAACAUCAAAAAUCUAAUCUCCCUACUAGAGACAGAAUUUAAAGACCAAGCCUUCGCAACCCUUUCAGCAAUAAAUGAAUCUAAAAAAAGAGAAGAACAACUUAAACAAGAAUUGAACAUGAACACUAUUGCGAAGAACUUCACUCAAGAAUUGAUCGAAGAAGAAUACGUAAAAUAUUACUCAAAUCUUUAUGACUACAAAGAAGAUGACGCACCAUCUCAUUAUGAAAUGUUGGAAAAUUGGACAGUGACCAGGGACUCAACAUGGGACAACCUUGAAAAUGAAUUCACAACACAAGAGAUCCUAGAAGUAAUAAAACAAUUGAACCCACACAAAUCUCCAGGCCCAGAUGGAAUUCCAAACUUAUUCUACAUAACACACAAAGAAAAACUAGCUCCAAUACUGGCCUCAGCAUUCAACGACACUCUAAGAAAUCCUCAUCUAAUUAGCAAAAAUUACAAAGAAGGCCUCAUUAUCACGAUACCUAAAAAGGGAGACCCCGAACUAAUCAAAAACAGAAGACCAAUUACACUGGCUAACUGUAUAUAUAAAAUCCACUCAAAACUAAUAAACAAUAGAAUAAUCCCAAUACUAACGAAAGUGAUCAACCACAAUCAAAAAGGUUUCGUACCAGGCAGAUUCAUUAUAGAUAAUAUCAUAUCAAUGAACGAAUUAAUCAACUAUUGUAAUGAUAAAAGAAUUAACGGAAUAAUUACACUAUAUGAUUUCGAAAAAGCUUUUGACUCGAUUUCACACGGUUCAAUACUCAGAUCACUACAACACAUCAACAUUCCAACCAAUAUAAUCAACCUGAUAAUGAAUCUACUCACCAAAUCUGAAGCAAGAAUUGAAAUUAAUGGUAGAACUACUAUACCCUUUGAGAUCAAAAGAGGAGUCAAACAAGGAGAUCCACUAUCACCCACCCUGUUCGUCCUUGUAAUAGAGGCUUUAGCUAGAAAAAUUUUACAAGAUGACCGAAUUACUGGCCUUCCUCUAAACAACAGCGACCACAGAGAGAAAUUCCAAAGCUUUGCAGACGACUCGGCUUCAAUGGUCCCAGACUCUCAACAACUUGAAUUAGUACUACAACACUUCAAUUCAUUUUGCAAAGCCACUUCCUCAAAACUAAACAUCGACAAAUCUUCAUCAAUUCUUAUAGGCAACCCAGACAAUACCAACCAAAGAAUACCAAUAUCUACAAAUCCAGAAAGAUACUUGGGAUACUUCUUCACAGGCAAAGGGAUAACAAGAAAAAUACCAGAAAUAUUAAACACAAUAAGAUCAUCCUUAGUACUAUGGAAAACCACUGACUCAACAAUCAAAACCAAAACCAACAUCCUCAAAGCAUUCGCACUCUCUAAAUUAACCUACUAUUCAUAUGUAGAGAACUUUAAGGAAGAGGAAUUAAACCAAAUCAAUAAAUUAGUCGAAUGGUUUUUAUCGGCACCAAACAACAAAAAUGCUAGUGGAUUUCAAGUUAUUAAUUUAAUGAGAACCAAAAGAGCAAGAUACCCACUAAAAGUAGGGGGCUGGAACAUUUGGAAUAUAGAAUUGAGACAACUGGCGCAGAAACUUUGGAUCAUAAACCAGUUCAUCCUAGCACUAGAAACCAAACAAACAAACUCAUCUCAUCACAAAAGCUGGGAAUAUCAGAUCCAAAAAAACAAAUUCACAUCCAGAUACCUAAAAGAAAACUUAGAUGAAUGGAACAAAAUAAGAAUAAAAAAAGCAAUCUUCAACAAUAAUCUCACAUCCAUAAAAAACGAAAAUGGACAACCACUUUCACUGGCAGAAUGGUAUACCACAAUUCAAGACCAAAAUCCAACCAUCCCUAAAACGGAAUUCCAAUCAUCUCUAAACUUAAGAGGCUACAGCUAUAAUCAACUCUUCAACAACAUACUGAAGAUAAAAGACCCUAAAACAAGAGACACAAUGUUUAGAUUCCAUGCCAGAUGCCUUCCAAUAAACUACCUUCACAACAAACAAUGCCCACUCUGCAAAGAAGAUAUGAGCAAAGACCCAUACGGUCACCUGUUCUUCUCAUGCAAGAAAACAAAACAAUUCAUAAAAAUAAAUAAACUCAAAAAUUUCAUCUAUAUUACCACAGGCAAAGGUAAAAACUGGCACCAUACAAGAAUUAGGCAAAAUAACAAUUUCAUUAAUAGAAUAACUCCAAAAUUAUCACCGACAGCCAAAAAAGAUCAAGAAGUGAAUGCAGAUUACGCCAACCACAGAUUCCACAAAGAAUACUUUGAAUGGAACUAUAAAGCAAUAGACUAUGAUCUAACCAGAUCAUUCGCAUAUAGAAACCUAAUGGCCCUUAUCCUCCACAACAUUUGGAUUUGGAUUUGCAAUCAAAUAUACAGUGAAGAUCCUUUAACAGAUGAAUCACUAUCAUACAGCUCCCUUCUAAAGAAAUGGCACAAAUUGGCCACUCUAGAAUACAUCAAAAAAGCAAAAGAUCUGAAAAACUUAUCAGCAAAAGACCAUAAUAACUUCAAAGAUCCUAAGAUCCUUCUCACUUCAACGAUCAAGCUAAGAAAAACAACAGCUAAUUACUAUUGUAUUCCAGAAUCAUCUCUCCCAAAUAUUAUAUCUUUUGAUCAAUUCAUAUGA